AUGCGCUGGUUCUGUGUGCACCCGAACCUGCCGCUGCAGGCGGAACUGCGCGUCCGCACGUCACCUGACAGUAGCGCCAUCGAGCGUGCCCGCAUCCCUCAAGGCCGAGCUAUUGCUUCAUGCUCUCCAGUAUUCCAAGUGCCAGGAGAUGGUGUCGAUGCUGCACCGAUCUCUUGGCUUCAAGUGGCGUAUCAUGAUGCUCUAUCGGGCGAGACGGAAGGAGGUUUUAUGAUGGCGGCACUACCCGACGGGACGCCACUGGUGACACCCUGGGAGUCUACAGACUUCUAUAGCUGUUGUGAGGUGACAGACCCAGCCGCGCUCCAGUAUGACGGCCCACACGAGACAGCGAAGAGCUUCGGGCCAGUGCAAAGCGUCAAUUUUCUCUACUGCAUAGUGGAGGAGGCUGAAAAGCGAGUCAGGCUUUUUCACCCAGAGCUAGAAAACGUAUGGAUCGAGAAGAAAGACGUGCAUAUGGUGUGUACGCGGUUCAAGCAUGCAGAAUGCAGCACUCCGCAUACAUUUUUUGAAUUAAGUGAGGCGCUACCAGAAGAAGCGCAAAUUGCAAUACGAGAGUACCCGUCGAAGGAGGCGCAGACUGUCGGCCUUCUUAGCCGAGGAGAGACGGUGGAGGUUACUGUGCGGGGUGGAAACUGGCUGCAAAUUGCUGGUGGUAGUAUUGAUAAAGCGUGGAUUAUGUGGCGGACGGAUGCGUUGGAACUGCUUCAAGAGGCGCCAGAUGUGUGCUCGAGCACUUGCGUAACGAUAGCGGCGAACGUCAACAGCCUUGCGGACAGUAAAAAUCUAGCUGAAGCAAAUCCCGAUCAAAGCGGGGACAGUGAAGAGUCUACUCAUGUUACUCCUGCUACCUCCACUGGAUCCGUACAGGACGAUGCUGACAUGAACGCAUCUGGUACCAAGUCUACGCCCGUUGAGCAGUCGUGGGAUGUUCGAUCCCCCUUAGCAGCUCUGAGUGCAGGGGUUGAUAACGAAAACGAUGGUUCAAGAAAGAUGGUAAUGGAGGUGGACGAUAUGCUCGUUAACAGAUCCGAAAGUAAACGAAAGUAUGGAACGCGAGGAGGCUUUUACUCAUCCUGA